GUCUCAACGUAUAAUGAAAAAAUGUGAUCCUACUGAUCCCCAUAUCGCAGGCUGCGAUUCGCAGCUACUGUAAUGACUGUUUCGCCGUCGGCGUCGCGGAGAGCUGGCGUAAAAAUAUGUAAAGCAUGGCCCACUUGACACUUCUGACACUACUCCUUGUGGCUGUCAGAGAUUGGUACAGCCGAAGAGAGCCAGGGAAUGAGCAUCGGUACACGGCUUUGGUAGAGCUUGUACAAUGGGUAUUUGGACGCUGUGACGUACUCCGUGAAAGGCGCCGAUCCCUGAAACAGCAGCGUCAGCAAGAUCGUGCCCAAACUCGAUGAAUUGAACGUCUGCUUCGAAACAGCAACACUAAAGAUGUAGAAAGCCCACCAGAGUGACAUUUCGCCGAAGAAAUUCGGGUGCCGACUGUAGCGGAAGAGCCCACUACGGUUAAAACCGGCCUUGUAGUCUCCAGUGAGCGGCUUCUUCAGUGCGAUCAACUUGUAUUUCAUGCUGUAGAAAUUCCACUGCUGUUGGUCAGCUACGGUCUCAAGCACUAGGAACAAGAGGAACAACACCGUCGCGACUACAUCCACCUCGUUCAACUCCUCGUGGCGAUGGAAAUACACCACGUAGGAAGGUACAGUCAGCAGCAAGAGUAGCAGGUGUUGAUAGCCAGCGAUGAACGUGAGAUUCAGCACUUCGAACAGCGUCCAGUGCAUGUAUUGCCGUACGACAGCCCAUCGAUAGUCCUCCUCGCUGAGUUUGUAACCUCCUUUGCGCCAGAAGUUAAAUGUGAGUCUGCAGCCCCAUAGCGUCGUCAACACUGCCAUCAAUAGUAAUCGCUGGUCCCACACACCGUCAUCCCUCAAGUAUGCGUGAAAGGCAAAGUGCCAAGCAAACAUCGGCGGAGUGAUAGACCACAGACGGUCAGUGAACGAGUAGUUGCGCGUUACGACACUUGCCAGCCACGUGAGGGCGAUCAGGACUAGCAAAAGCUGCAGAGCCACAGCCAAUGCGUUCGACGCCGCAUACGGAAGGAGAUUUGGCUGCAGUGCUUCUGUCCAAGCUUCUUGUGCAUGCAGCAGCGCAUCGUGCCACGUAGUGAACGGAUAGGAAGACGCCAUUGUCCCGGAGGAGAAUGAGGAAUAGAAACGGCCGGCAGCUCAAACUCCAUAAACGGUACGCAGUGAAUCCUUGCAUACCCGACCUCAAUCGGGUCUGUGAGGUCGACGACGGCAGCACAUACAAUCGGCCUCAAUGGGGGGGAGGGGGGCAUCUGCUUGCCUUUGGGAAUGGUUGGCUCCUAAACUUUAGGCUAAAGUGUAUCUGGAGGUCCGUCGGGUGGACAUCAAGAUAUAGAUCUUAUUGUCUCAAAUCCAGCGCACGGCUCACAAUACGAAGGCGUGCGAGUGUGCUGGCGCUGCAGGUCGAGCAGGAAGUCGAUCAUGGCACAUUUCGGCAUCAAACUGCCCCUGACUUGAACAAAAUAUGUCCAAAAUGGGCUCAAAGGUCCUUAACAUUUAUACACUUACCUAUAAAAUGAUCCCACCUUUACAGGUGUACCCAUUCUACAGUCGCAAAAACGUCAACCGCCAUCUCCAUGUUGCGCACUCGAUGUGGCACGUUGGCGUCCAUAUCUCUGCUGCUGUUGGUGCUCACGCUCUUUCCAUACCAGCACGUUGUAGCCCAGAUUGACGUCUUGUCAGAUCACGAAAGCCCCGCCCUCCCAGCGUCUGUAGCGCCUACAACCCCACGGGACGCGACCUCCAAAUCUUCGUCUAGUAAUAGCGAGCAGAAAUCCGCGCCUUCUGCUGCCCCAAUUGCACAUUCGAGCUUGGAUUCCAGUACCCAUGGGUCUCUAGAUGCUGUGGACGCAGUGGUGACAGCCACCGAUGUGUCCAUCGACCAAGUAGAGGAACAUCUUCACAUUGUACAACAACUGGAACUCUCGGUGGGGAAAAGUCUGCAGGGAAUGGACGCAGGCGACCAGUUCACCAGAUAUACGCAAGCCCAGCUACGUGAAAGGCAAAAUUUAAGAGAAGAGCUGCAAUUAGUGCAGAGAAACCUCAAGAGACUCGCUCUGGGACUCAACGGGACACUAUUGGAGCUCGAACAUGUCGAGCAGGAGGAGGAAUUGCAGUCCAAGAAGCUGAAAGAGGUGCUUGCUCAUCAGGAAGAGGAGGAACGUGAACAGAAACUCGAGAAGAACGGCAUUAAAGAAGUAGAUUAUGAAACGGGACACUUAAAGAACACAACGGGGCUGAAUGCUGAGCAGUUGAAGAAGCUGGAAGAGGUGGAGAAGAAGGCGGAUCCAGCAGUGUUACACUACGAUAUGGAGUUGUUAGCGCAAGUGGCUGUAUUGCUCGGAGUGUCGGCUAUUGGAGGGAUUAUCGCUACGUACUUUAACAUUCCUCCGCAUGCAGGGUAUGUUCUGGGUGGAGCGCUAGUGGGGCCGUCGUGUUUGGGCGUUGUAAGACUGUACAAGGAAGUGGAGACGAUCUCGCUAUUUGGUUCGGUAUUCCUGCUAUUUGGACAUGGCGCUGCAUACUCGCCACAGCAACCCGAGGACAUCUUCAGGAAGUAUUUUGUCGGUGGUGUGGCGUAUAUCAUGUCUACUGUACUGCUGGUUGCCGGUGUGGCAGUCUAUAUUGGAUGGACGCAUUCGUUCAUUGAGGGGCUGAGUAUUGGCUUGGGCGUGUGCUUUUCAACGACUGCGCCGCUUUACGAACACAUCAGGGAAAAUAGGAUCCAGGACUCUUCUUUCGGCCGGACGGUCACGUCGAUUAUCGCGAUCCAAGAUGUGUUGAUGAGCUUCGCGUUAGGCACACCCGAGUGGUUUUCCGUACGCUCGGUUGGAUGGAUUGGUGUCGCCAUGGUGCGAACAGUUGUGGCUUACGCUGUUGUAGUCAGCAUGACGGUAUGUCUGCACCAAUACGUUGUGCCGAAGCUGUUACGUUUUCUGACCGCCAUGGAGGAGGUGCACAACGCUCCUUUGGUACUACUAGGAGUGGUGUCUGUAUGCUUAUUUAUGGCGCUCUUCUCGGAGAUGAUUGGGCUUUCGCUCGAGUGUGGAGCCUUUCUAGCUGGACUUGCUUUCGUGCACGUUUCUGGCAAUGCCAAGGCGGCAUUCAUGUCGAUUCGAGUGAUGGAAAACUUGUUUGGAAGUAUGUUUUUCGCUUGUGUCGGGAUGAUUCUACAUCCAAUGUUCCUGAUCCGGAACGCAGGCGAGAUUUUAUCCAUGGUUCUGCUGAUUGUGGGGAUCAAGACGGUAUCAAUGACAGGUGUCAUGACUUUCUUCCGUAUCAGUCCUCGUAAGGCACUCAUGGCUGCUGUCGGUCUCUGUCAGAUUGGCGAACUUGCGCUCAUUUUCAUGAUCAAAGCGCACGCAUCGAAGCUUGUCUCGCGCCGAACUUACCUGCUGUUUGUGGCUGCGAUAUCUGUCUUCCUCGCUUGUUCGUCGGUCUUUAACCGCAGAAUCGUACUCGCGCGUCGAAAAUCGAUUUACCGGUUACCUUCGACACGAGGCAAGCCCAUGGAACGCCAUCGAAACUCAAGUGACGUCCUCGAUCUCCACAUUGACUCAAGACAACGUGCAGGCUCCAGUAGCGCCUAUAUGGACUCAGGCGGAGAGGAAGAUUCGUUCUCUCCGACCUCAAGGGUAAGGCAUCAGGCUUCGAAAACUUUCGGACAUUGAGGAAAAAUACAAAGCAAUAUUCAAACAGAUUUCACAAUUGUAAAUCUAUCAAAGACUUUUCGUGAGAAUUAAGCUUUUUCAUUAGAUUGUCGGAAUUUGUACG